AUGUGGAAGCACUUGAAGAACAAAACAUCAAGAUUCGGUGGCUAUGAAUUAAGCGAUAUACGCGAAUGUGCCGCUACUGACGAUAACCACAGUAAGUCGGCCGUCAUUUUGAAACGUUACACAAAAAUUCCAUCUAAUCUACACAUAAAUAAUUGCGUUAGUGACAAAAAUUAUAAAUCUUUUAAUAAUAAGUUGUUUAAAAAAUGCGAUAAUGAGCCUGUGGACACAUUACUAAGCGAUGAAGACCUAGAAAACAACAACAGCCAGCAAUGGUCGAAAGAACAAACAACCACAACAAAUAGCGAUAAAAUCGAUAUUUCGAACAACAACAUCGUCAGACAUCGCAAAGCAAACGACGCAACAUAUGAGAACAUAAAUAAUAAACUACAGCUGAAUAAUAGCCACUUCAAAAAGCAAACCAAGCUUUCACCACCUAAAAUGAAACGCAGACAGAAAGUUAACAACACCAGCGAACUUUCGUUGAACGUCACCAAAGAUGAAAACCUCGAAUCAUCACCUUUCGUCUCACAAACUCGAAAAAUUAGCCCCAAACGCACAAGUGAUCCUAACGUAGAGACGCAUUCGAAAGACUGCACAGCCAAUACUCCCCACCACCUGCACGGCUCUCCAACCAAAAAACCAUUAUACUCAAAAUCAAAAAAAGAAACCCUCCAAUCAGCAUCAGCUAGAGAUCAAAAUUACAACCCUCAAGAAACAACCAGUGUCAGCAGGUCGGAUCUUAGUCAGGCCAUCUUAGAUACGGAGCCGACGCAUAUGAGUUGGGAAGAAGUGAUGGAGGAAGCCCAACUACUUGGAAUCUCGUUGAAGACAGCUUCUUUGAUGUCACAGAGUGCCGAUAGUGAGGCGAACAAAAACAAUUCAAGACUGAAGCACAACAAAUUAUUAUCAAAAAACACAGCAUCCAUUUUUUAUUCGGACACGGACGAAUGUUACGGUCGUCAGAAUUCAACGAAGGAGACGCCGAGUAUGGCUUCAUCAGCCUCGUCCAUGGGCAUGCGGAAUAACUCCGUGACAGUUUCAAGUCAGACUGAAAAGUACACACCACAAAUGUUCAAAGGCAUCGCCAAAUUACAAAAUUUUUUCAAACGGGCCGAGAGAGAUGACAAUUUGCCUUGCCAUUGCAACUCGAAAAGAAAGUACAAAAGUAAACCAAUAAGUUCAAGUGCUUCUGUUAAAAACCAACCCGAUAGCGACAGAAUGUCAAUAAAAACCGACAGAUCAUCAAGAUUUAGUUUGAAAGAGGCAUUAUUCUCUUCAAAAUUCAACGAAAAACUUAAAAAAAUAACGGACAGAGAGUGUCAAGAAUGUAAGAGACAGUGCAGAAUUUGUAGAUCGCUAGAAAGAGUUAGUCUUGCCAACAAAUCAAACGUCAGCAUUCCAAACUCCCUGUCCAGAUUUGAAAACAACGAAUGCCUCAUGGCCAGAAGUUGGCAGCAAGAGUGCACGUUUGCUGAAAAUAUGGAAGCCACGAAGUCCAUGAGCUUGAACAGGCGACUGCAGCACGUCACUCGAAUCGAUAGUUUUUCUUCAAUCUUCACGAAACCGCUUGAUUCUCGACCUCCACCUCCACAACCGCCAAGUGAACGACGACCACCGCCGCCAGAACCGCCAAGUGAGCGUCGACCACCUCCCCCUCAACCACCUAAAGCCUCCUCACGGAUGGAAAAAUCUGGUUACACUCCGUUAGAAGUCAUUAGCUACCAUAUCAACCCCUCUGAAAACUUGAAAGAAUUAAAAAACGUUCUCUGGUACUGGGGCAGUCUAAACAGGGAAGGUGCCAGUAAGCUACUUCAGGGCAAACCUGAUGGGUGGUUCCUGGUCAGGAACAGCUCGGAGGAAAGAUACGCCCUGGCUCUCAGUUUCAGAUCUGGAGGCGAAACACACCACACCGGCAUCGAGUGCAUUAACGGCAAGUUUGGGUUAUUUUUCAUUUGCACGUUUAGUUUUCACGAACCAUCACCGCCCGUGCAAGAAGAAGUCAACGCCGCAGCACAACCAUCUCUAGUAAAAAUUCAAUCAGAAAAGAUGACAGCUGUAAAGUUCAUCGAGCAAGCUUCCAUUAAAUCGAAAUCCGAAAAAGAUCGCUAUUACCUGCAGCCGAGAUCCAGCAAGGAAUCAAUCAUUCCAGUUAAGUUGUGGAAUCCAGUCUUGAGGCCGUUGGAAAGUUUAACAAAUCUAGCCGCCGACGUCAUCCUUGUCUCCUUGGAUGGACCGGAAACUCUGCUGAACCUACUUCCUGUGACGUCAUCUCUGAGAAGGAUUGUCAGGAACAGAUUAAAAAUAAAAUCUCUCUGA